CGUUGACAUAAAGCCCCGGAUGUAAGUCACCAAUAUGGCGUUUAAUUGACAGGAAAUUGGGUCAAAACUAUCUUAUUUGGUAUUGAAAUCAGGAAUCACACAAGAUGUUCAAGAAGAAAAAGAAGCCUCAGAUUUCCGGCCCGUCAAACUUUGAGCAUCGCGUACACACGGGUUUCGACCACUCGCAAGGCCAGUAUGUGGGUCUGCCAUCACAAUGGCAGGGCAUUGUAAACCCCCAGGAAGCGUCGCGACGGCGACCAAUGGUGGACCCAUCCAGUAUUACACCAAUUGAAAUUCAACCUCUUAAGACCAUAAUUCGAGGAAACGCUCAAGGUCAGAUGAAUGGCUCCAGUGUGGCGAUUUCAGUGGCCCGAUCAAACUCUCUCCGAAAUACCAGCCCACCCUCUCGGCGACGAUACCAGCCCGACCAGAACCACCCUCCAUUACAAGAGGACGGCCCGAUGGGUCAUCCUGGUAAUAAUCACCCGCAGUACCCCGGUCCUCCCCCGUACAAUCGGGAAAAUCGUGACCCGCGGGAAAUGCACCCUCAGGAUCAAUUCAGCAAGCAUGAUAACAGAGAUCCUAGAAACAAUAAUAUGCAUCAAGAUAGAAAUAAUCAAUUGCGAGAUAAUCGCUACCCUAAUGACAGAUAUGAUCAAAGGGGCGACUACCCUGAUAAUGGGAGAUUGCAGCCCCCGCGCGACGAUUAUAGAGGCGGGUCACAUCCGAACAGUCGGGAUCAGAGUUUCGAGGAUCGGCGAUCGGAGAGUUCCUAUAGGCCACACAAUGAUUCUUAUGACAGUAACACAUUACGAAGGGAUCAGCAUGAUAUGUCACCCCCACGUCACAAUCAAAUGCCCCCUGGGGGUCGUAGCCCCAACCAUCCCCAGAUGCCUGGUUACCAUGACAACAGGUAUCCACAGCAACCGCAGCAUCCCAAUGGAACAUUACCACGACAACAGCAUCAGCCACAUCAAAACCUGCCAGGAUAUGAUACCACUAGAAGAAAUAUGCAGAAUACGGGCAACCAGCAUGGCUAUCCCCCGCAACAGCAGCAGCAUAGUCCAUCUGACCGACUGGCCGCCCAGCAGGUACCCCCAGGAGGCCAACAGGCCCCAAGCCUGACUCCCCGGGGAAUGGGUCCCCAAACCCCGCCCAAGUCCCCCCAGCAAAAACCCACCCCUACCCCCCAAGGUGCCUUCCCCGAACAGCAGCGCUUAUCACAUGAACAGUUCCGAGCAGCAUUACAGAUGGUUGUGAGCCAGGGCGACCCACGGGAACACCUGGACAACUUCAUCAAGAUUGGGGAGGGCUCGACGGGCAUUGUGUGUAUCGCCUCACAGAGGAAUGGGUCUCAGGUUGCGGUCAAGAAGAUGGAUCUGAGACGACAGCAGCGAAGGGAACUGCUCUUUAAUGAGGUUGUGAUAAUGCGUGACUACCACCACCCACACAUAGUGGACAUGUACGACAGUUUCCUGGUUGGGGACGAGCUCUGGGUCGUCAUGGAGUUCCUGGAGGGCGGUGCACUUACAGACAUUGUCACACAUAACAAGUUGGACGAGACACAGAUAGCGACAGUGUGUAAAGCCUGCCUGAAAGCCCUGGCAUUCCUUCAUUCUAACGGCGUCAUCCAUCGAGACAUCAAGUCAGACUCCAUACUCCUACAACACGACGGCAAGGUGAAGCUAUCUGACUUUGGAUUCUGUGCACAAGUAUCGCAGGACCUGCCGAAACGUAAAUCACUAGUUGGUACACCUUACUGGAUGGCACCCGAGGUCAUAUCUAGACUUCCUUAUGGUCCAGAGGUUGACAUAUGGUCGCUAGGCAUCAUGGUUAUCGAGAUGAUCGAUGGGGAACCACCGUUUUUCAACGAACCUCCACUACAAGCCAUGAGGAGGAUACGGGAUAUGCCACCGCCCAAGAUUAAAAAUGCUCACAAGGUAUCUGCAAGGCUCCAAGGCUUCCUAGAGAGAAUGCUGGUUAGAGAUGCCUCACAGCGAGCCACUGCAUUUGAACUUUUGCAACACCCCUUUCUGCAAAAUGCUGACAAACCUAGCUGCCUUGUGUCUUUAAUGAGGAACUUUCGGAACAGCCCUUGCUGAGUGAUAUAAACUUAACACCAAGGGUUGUUUCAAAAUUUAUUGUAACAAUAAAAAAGGGUUGAAAAUCUUGACUAUGCUCUGUUGAGGGUAGAUGUUUUGAACAGCCCUAGCAGGGAAAAUCUAUGAUUAAGGGUCAUUAUAAAACUAAUAAUGACUGAGUAUCUGAAAUAAAAAAGGAAAAACAUUCUCAGCUAACAUGGUGCAAGAAUAGUGUUGAGAGGAUAUAGGAAAUGCUAUGGCUUAGGCAAAUACAGGGAGCGUUAUGAAACGUAAGAAAUAUUGCAAUUUAAUGAACAGUGCUUAAAAAAUACAAAAAAUCGCUAUGGACUAUUGAGAAAAUGUAGUUGACUACCGUAUGUUACAAGUAAUUGAAUUGAAUGAAAAGGUGGCCUUUUGAAAGAUAUCUGCAUCAAAUGAUUGACCUUGAUUGAUAUUUUGAGAUGACUGUGGCAACAAGCGGCGAGGGUCGUUUCUUUACAAGUAAUCUGAUACAGGCAUUUGUAUAUUUGGGCCGGAAUAAGAAAUAUGUAAUUCCGCCUCGGGAAAUUAGGUUUAGCAUAUAACCAAGUUUAACAGAAAAUGUACACAAAUUUAAUUUUAAGAAGCUUAUUUAGUAACAGGAAACAUAUUAUGCUAAUUUAAAAAGCUUAAUCAGUUCAAUGCUACCAAGCGAUUGCUUAAUAUAUUUAUUGGCCGGCUUAAAGCCUUAAAAAGAUGUAUCUGGAAAAUACUCCUGCUUUACAAAAUCAAUCAAAACUAAUAUUUUUAUCUCGUCUUCUUUUCUUCAAAAAACUCUAGGUACUGUCAUGGUCUCGAUGCUGUUUUGGUUGCCGAUGGUGUCCCUGUGAAAAUACCUUUAACUGUGGCCAUAACUAAAAAAAUACUGUUACUAUGGCCAUAACUCAAAAACCAUUCUAAAUAUUGAAGUGAAACUUGGUAAACAUGUUACAAGAGACAAAAUGCACAUAUAUUGCAAGACCUGUAACUUGUGCUUUGAUAAUUGUAGAGUUUUGCCCCUUUUUUUGAAUGAAAUAACAGAUGAGCGUUAACGUUUGAUUCAUUCUACGUAUUGGUUGUAAGGAGUAACAAUACCUAUAAUGUGUAUUUGAAUAACUCUAAAAGCAGCAUACUCUGUAUUGUUAUGCAGGUCAUUCAAACAUUCGACGCAUCAUGCAUUUAUACUUGUAAAAUUUCCAGUUCAUUCAUGGACAAUUUUGUACAAAUUUCAUUUGUAAAUCAUUCUUGAAUAUAUAUUUUUUGUGUAUGUUGCAUGCUGUAUGUGCUAAAUGCCUAUACAUAUCACAAAACCUUAAAAUGGUGCACUUUUCAUACAUUUUCGUGUGUUUUAAACUAUGUAAAUUUUAUAUUGAAUUCUUGUCGGUUUCAUCUGUUAGACAUAAAAUACAUUAAGUUAGAUAGUUUAAACCUUUUCAAACAUUGGGCCGAUUGUUCAGAACUUCCUUAAAGUUAACAACGGUGUUAAUAUCAUUGUUGUUAACUUAAAAAGGUGAAUUAUUUGAUGUGUUGGUAUAUUUUCAUAAAGCAAGUAAAGCUGAAACAGUUGUUUUAAAUCUUAUAAGAAAUACUGCAGAUCACAAGUCUAUCCAUUAAACUUGCAGUUUUAAUGGUUUUAAAGUUAACACAGUGAUGUUAACUUUGUUGUUAACUUUUACAUAACUCAGAACAAUUAGCCCAUUAUACCAGGUAUAAAACCUUACCAAACAUCUUCAUUUCUUAAUGACUUUAGGUAUAGAAUUAGUACAAUGGUUUUAGAGCUGUGUUUUUGUAAGUUAUAUUUUUUUAAUCAUGUGACUGUGUUUUAUUUACAUUUUUAUCUUUCAUUCACAUCUGUGUAUACACCUGGGUUGGUAUUUAAAAAAACAUCUCAACUUAUUUCUGAACUUAAGUCUUUUUCCAAAGUUAAGUAUUUCACUUGUCAUAUUAUAUAAUAACUUAAUAAUAUCUCAAAUACUUUAUUCUCAUUAAUUUUAUGAAAUAUAAAAGCUUCUUUUUUUAAAUCGCUUGUACUUCUCUUUAAAGCUGUAUUCUCACAAAUUUACCAUUUUUACAACUUUUUUGUCUUGGAAAGGGCAAAUUUUUGUGUAAAUAUCUGCAAACCAAAGAUGAAAGAUUACUGACAAAAGAUCAGAUCGCUGAUUUUCAUAUUUCCGUUCGAAAAUUUAUGUUUUAUGGCUUAAACAGUUACUAACGGUUUAAAAAAAAAAUGCACAAAACAUCAAUUUUUUAACUAAAAUGUAAAACUCUGCGAUCAAUUUUUUUUUCAGCUGUCUUAUAUAACUGGUUUUAAAGCAGUUUCGCAAAAAAAUGGCUUGUUCAAAGACCAAAAUUAAAAAGUUGUCAAAACGUUCAAUCUGUGAGAGUGCAGCUUUAAAUUUGACUAUGAAUAAUGUAGAAAUUCAACUUAAGAUGAGAAAUGGCUAAAGUUGUUUUAUUGAUACUGGCCCAGAACUGUAGAUAUGUUUUGUAUUGUUAAGCAAAAAGUGUAUAGAUUGUUAUUCAGUUUUUCAUUGUUAACCCCUUAAUCAUACUCUAAGGUUGUUUUUCUUCAGUUAACAUUUACUCCGUAACUAGAUUUUGUUAUCUUUAAACAUAUCGGAACAAGGUUUGUGCCUAUGUGUAAUAUAUGUGAUAUUUUAAAAAAGAAUAUUGUUUAACCUUUUUUACUCUUUAAUAUGAAAUAUAUUUUAUAUUUAUAAUAUUUUAUAGCAUGGUUGUUUCCCUAUUACAAGUAGAUCUCUAAUACUUGUAGUUUUUUUUUUUUUAAAUUUAACUUAUUCAGAAAGUGUUGACAAUUUAUCAGUAAACACAAGCCUUUUCUUCAUUCAAUAUUUCAUUUAUGUUAAACAAUAAUGGGAUCAUAUGUCGUUGUUAAAUCAUAGCACAUGGUAAAAUCCAGUAGAUUAAUUUGACAAACAAUCUCGGACAAGGCACAAGGCGGACCUAGGCUUCCACAAGUGUCAUGUUUAUUAUAGACAAGCACUUAUUUCAACAACAUUUUAAGAAGUCUUUUUAUGGAUACUCUUGGCUAAAAUAAUUUUUCCAUGGACAGUUUGACUUUAUGUUAACAAGUUAAAUUUGUCUGAUGGUAUUUAAAGAAACUUAUCUCUCUUUUUUUAAAUUUAUGAUGUAAAAAUUAAUAAUAAAAUAAUAGGGACUUAAAAAAGUUUAGCAUACAAAUGCAUUUUGGAUUCUAAAAUUGUUGCUAGUAUUGGUUUAGAUUUGAAAAAAUGCUAGACCAGAUUUAUUUAUAUUUGCAAGUAUGACAGUGAAAAAUUGUGAUGUGUACUGCACUCCAUACUAAAGUUAAAUUUUUAAGCUAAGCUUUUACCCGCCUAUUUUGUAAACCUAACAUUAUUUUUAUUUUUUAUAUAUUUUGCUUGUCUUGUGGUGAUGUACUUGUGUUUUUGUGCCAGUAUCCAUUUGUUCAAUGUUUCUGUGUUUUUAUAAUUCUGAGGUAAAUGAAGCAAGCUUUUCAUUCAAUACUGUAAUCUCAUGUAUAUUUGACAUCACAUGUGUAUUUGAUGCCAUUGUACAUAAUGUGCUGCUAGAAAAUACCCCGGAAAAUCUUAGUUGCUGCAGAUAUUUAUUUGGGAAUUUUGUUUAUCAUAAAAUAGUUACUUAUAUUAUAUUUCUUGUAGGUUUGAUAACUUAUGUAUUUCUUUAGAUUCAGUAGAAUUUGAAAGCUAUGGAUGCUGUUGCUAUUCUGUUUAUUUCAUCAGUUUCUUAGUAAGAGCAAGUGAACAAAUUCUGCUUUUUUUGUGUGUCCAUAUAAAAUCAUUUUAGAUAAAAUACAAAGCAAAAUUAUGACAUGGUAACUUUGUCAUAUUAGCAAAUUGUAAAACACUGCAGACAUAUUUUCAUUGACUGAACAACAAAUUAUUGUUAUCUCCUAGAAAUGCUAAUGGAUACUAUGCAAGUGACAGUAAGGUAACUGAAGUUUUAGUUAGCGUGGGCACCCUUCUGCCUUUUUAAAAUUAAAUGCUUGAAAAUGUCAAAUAUUUUUCUUUGUUUCAAUUCAAACUUUUAAUAAUAUAAUAAAUACUUACAAACUUUAAAUAUUUGGCAUCUGAAAUUUAAUAUUAAUGCAAUUAAACUCACUCCCUAACAUUUUAUGUCAUAUUAAAAAUGUUCAAGUUAUUCAAGGCAAUAUUCAAUGUGAGCUUUUCUCCUACACCCUGUCCCUCUUCUGCAGCACUUUGCCUUAUAAAACCUAGCUAAAACCUUCCAAUAUUUAAAAAAACUAGCAUAAACUUUCCAUCCAACCUAUUUGUUAUAAGAUGUGUUAAGAACUUGUAAAACUUGAUUGAAAAAGUGAGCCUACGCUUGCACAUUGAUAAGAAACCCAGUGUUAAAGAAUUUUGAAUAGCAGUCGGUCUAUUUCUCACAUUGAUGAGAAACCCAGUGUUAAAGAAUUUUGAAUAGCAGUCGGUCUAUUUCUCACAUUGAUGAGAAACCCAGUGUUAAAGAAUUUUGAAUAGCAGUCGGUCUAUUUCUCACAUUGAUGAGAAACCCAGUGUUAAAUAAUUUUGAGUAGCAGUCGGUCUAUUUCUCAGAUUUAUCUUUUGUAUAUAUAUCAGUUUCACUGUAAAUAUGUACAGCACAAAUUAUAUCUUAUCUGAAAUACAUAGUAGCUCUCUAACAAAUGAUUAUUAUUUAAGCAUAGCAUUAAACUAUAUUAUAUUAUUGCUUCAUAAGUUACUAAUGUAUUUUAUUGUUUUCCAUAACUGUAUAGCUGAAUAGAACCUUUUAAAAGUCCGAUUUUUUUACUGAAUGGCGAGAUGCUAAAUUCCUUCACUGAAUAGUUUGGUCGUAAAAAAAAAAAUUGUAUGAAAAAAUGCAUUUUUUGGACACCAUUUACAAACCUUAUUUGUUUGAUCCCAAAACAGUAGCUUUGUACGUCAAAAUUUAUAUUAUUUUAUGUGUUGACCUAUUUGUCAUUUCUUCAGAUAUUAACAUCAUUAUUUACAAAUUAAAAAAAAUAGUUGCAUGUCAUUUGUGUUUCAUUUAAAAACCUUUUUGUAUGUCUCGUUAAGUUAGUUUUUAGAGCCGUUUUACGCAUUCCAUUGUUUAAAAUACUGUUUUCUACUUCUUUAUAUUCUGUAAAUAACAAUGUUUUAUGGUCCUGCAUUGUAUUAUGAACAUUUUACAUUCUGUAAAAUAUUAACCUUAUUUACAAUCUAUACCAGAUGGUUAUGGAAAGAAAUAAAUAUUUUAUAGCAAUA